AUGCCUCCUGCAAAACUUUGCUGCACUGCUGAACAGCGUUCUGGGUCUUCGUCGCCGGACCUUCCAAACGCCCGUCUUAGCAACGCAACGCCAGCUAAGCGUCUUCUCUUCGAAACUACGGGGGACUCGCAAUUAUCUCAAGUCACGAGUACACGAUCCGAAGACAUGCAUGAACUACAGCAAAUCUUCAACGGUGCCACAGAUGGUGGUUCGUCGCCUACUCGCUCGGGCUUCCACAUUCGAAAGAGUAUGUCCACCCCAACCGGUAACAAGGUUCACAAAAUCAAGAGCGUGGGUGCUUUGAUCAAGAAGAGGCUUUCUAGGGAUUUGUCCCGUUCUCGAUCCAAGUCUAGCCUACCCUCGGUGUCUGGGAAAGGUGCCAAAGGUGACGAAAAUGAUGCGCAGGGUACCGUCGUCAAGAGUGCUGUCUCUGGUGCAAACUUGGAGGUCAAGAUUACAAAGGAGGACCUCAAGAAAAAUCUUCUUAGCAGCCGGAGCCCCGACGAAGGAGGAUAUGACGAUGAUGCGUUGGAGUUGGAUGAUGUGGUGAGGAAGCUAGGAAGGAAGACACCGACGAGGAGGCUCAGCAUACAUAGUGUGGAGUGGACUACGCCCACCACAGGAAACUCGACUCGUCAUCGCCAGUCUUGCAGUGUAGAACCUGGAAGUCAGCCUUAUCAGAUCAGCAAAUACACCCUGCCGUCAUCCUUACCCACCUUUCCAAGCGUACCUCAACUUCCAAGCUCUCCGAGCCUGAGAGUCAAAUGGAUGUUGAAAGCAAGACAGCUUCGACGGUCUCAAUCGGCAUCAUCCAUCGAGAUGCUACUUCCGAAAUUGAAGCCGCUCGAACCUAUACGUUUGCCAAGCAUAUCUUCGCUUGAAGCGACGCCUUGGUCAUUGUCCAUGGCCGAGAGCCUUCAACUCUCGGAGUUUCCUUCGCCUCCGGCUGAAUCAAAAUCGACUGGGCUGGGCCUUCGCAGUAUCUCCCUGCAUGAGCGGUCUCUUUCUGUCCCGUCUCGCAGCCCUUCGAAGAGGGGGCAAACCCACCAAAGCACAACUUUAGGUGGCCUGAAACGUUCUGUCACGGAUACAGUUCACCAAGAGCCUAUCCGAGCGCUUACUGAAAGAGAGACUGUCUCCCGAAACAGGAAUGAUGAGGACGACAGUCGCAAGUCCGUCCACCUUUACGACAUGCGAAUCUCCCGCCAUCUACGGUCUGCAUCUCUGUUGUCAUCCGUUGCGUCAAUGAACAGCCCUCAACAUGCAAGGACGCCAACUCCGACCAAACGAGGGGAGCGAAAGACAAGCUCGGGACUGGAUAGCACCAAUAUUCCCGCAGCUUGGGGAAACGUCAUCAAGAGCGAUGAGCCUGGACAUCAUGAUGAGAGCUCCUCCAUCUAUUCCUCACGACCACAGAGCCCACAUGAUAGUGUCAAGGAACCAGCCGUCAAUCUUAGAGCGGUCGCUCAAGCUGGCAAAGCUGUGAGCAUCAUAAAGAAACCCUCAGCUCUAAUAUCAGAAUACACCAGCACCGGCUUGAACAUUUCUCCUCCUCGAGACCGAGUACCAUCAAUUGGAACCAGUGUGCUGAAGCCCGGAAACUUGGCGUCUGGCUCCUUCCGCCCUUCCAUUGACCCAUUCAUCACUAUCACCAACAUCGACGAAGACGCCAAAGCCACAGAUACUCUUCUUGCCCAAAAGCCCCCCUUCAUCUCUGCAUCGGCAAACUCUAGUCAAACGAGUCUAAGCAAAAAGUCACGCUUCCUCGAAAACUUCAGCCCUGCAUCUUCUCAAAAGAAGGCCUCCAAGACUCUUAGCGCCGUAUCAAAGUUCCUCCUUACUCGCGGCAACAGCGUAAUCGGACGCAGCCAGAGCAUCUCCGCCCUCCGUGGAGGAGACGGGCCCAGCGACGAAAUAGACAGGCACAUUGCCGUCAACCCAAACAAGGCAGACAAGAAGCGGGAACGACGGCUCUCUCGGUCUAUGAUCAGCCUGAAGAACGAGCAGCAGCCCCUAGCGCAGCAUCAGCAUGAUGCCAGUCCUAUGUGGGAGCGCGCACUGAAGCAGUACCAGGAGGAGCGCAGCGUCAUGUUCCUUUCUCCGGACAGAUCAACUGCUCCAGCCGGUAACCCGUUCCGUGAGCGCAGCAACAGUUGCUCCAGACGGCUUUCUGUCAGCACGUCGUCCAGGACAAACCCGUCUCUGUCGUCGACAGUGGAGGAAGAUACGCCCGUCGACCUGUCCUUGACGCCAGGCUCUCCAGGGCAUAGUCCAGCUCUCAUACCCGUGCACAGCCAGAGCAGUGGCGUCAGUGGAGCCGUCAGCGAGGCUGACUGGGACCGAGUUGGUCAAGAGGGCUUCAAGAAGCGGGUGUUCGAGGGGUCUGAGAGCAAGGCAGCGCUAGGGGCUUGGGGACAGUACCCCAGCCACACCCGCGAGAUGCGAGGCGGCAGUGCCGGACCAGACGACCGAGUCUUCCCACGAGACUUCGCCCUCCAGCCGCCCAACCCAGCCUCGCAAAUGAAGAAGCCAUCCCGCAGCGCGACCAUGUUCAACGUCCAGAACGUCUUCUCCACCGCCAGCCCGAGCAAGAGCGGCCUCGGCGACGUCCAGCGCUCCGAGAUCUCAAAGCGCAAAGCCAAGCUCGCCAAAAGCCACUCCAUGACCUUCGGCAAGACCUUCCUGAAGAACUACGGCCGCCUCUUCCGCUCCUCGAGCUCCGAGUUCCGCAAAUUCGGCCACGGCCACCGCAGCAGCGUCGCCGAGGGCGGUGUGCUCGAGUACCCGGAGCUCGAGAUGCUGCCCGAGGUUUUCUUAGGCCACCACGUGCAGCAACAGCGCGCGCGCUCUGCCGCGGACGCGAUCGAGAUGCAGGUGCUCGACGAAGAUCAGACUAGAGACACGGACGCUGAUACCGUGAUCAUCACGGAGCCCACCGAGGACGGCGACAGCGCCGACGGCGACGGCAUCGACGGCGACGGCCGACUCGACGGCGCCGCGGAUGUCCCCCUCCCCCCGCCAACCCCGGCAGAGCACCCAGACGAGGCCGUCCCGGCGGGGAAGAGCGACAGCGCGCACAACUGGUCCUGCUUCUACGCCUCGUGCGUCGAGUACCCGCUCGACGACGUGCGCGCCGAGCUCGCCGCGAGCAGCGGAGAGCUGGCGCCGUCGGAGAGUCGGCGCUAUGCGUCGGAGACGGCGCUGAGUCUGCCACUGAGGUUUAGCGAGGCGGAGGGUCCGAAGGGGGGGAGGAGGAGCUGUAGUGCGUUUGUUUAUAAGAUGGGGCCGCGGAUGGGGAGGGAGGGGGGCGGGAGUGCAUGUAGUGUGAGGAAGAGCACGGCGGAUCUAGUGAGUGGGUUUUUGGAGGCGGAGAGGGUGGAGAGGGAGAGGGUGUUGGCGUUGGAUGGGGCGGGGGUUGCGGGAGAGGGGGCGAUGGGGAUGAGGGUGCGUGUCCCCUGCUUGGGAGGUUAG